UCAUAUCAACAACAACAAGACGGCUGACACGCGGGCAGUGUUGUGGGGAAGUGGCGGCGUGUGGCUGCAGACAUCCCUGUGACACUCGACAAAUACUAUUUUAUAAAUGUAACGGUCUCCUCAACCUCUUUCUUGGUUCCGCAGCUCGUCAUGGCUGAUAAGUUUGUUGCAGACCGCAGCGUCCUGUGCCUUUUCGAUGUGGACGGCACGUUAACGCCUGCGAGGCAGAAAAUUGACCCUAAAUUAGACACCUUUUUCCAGACCUUAAGACAGAAAGUGAAGAUUGGCGUUGUGGGAGGGUCUGAUUAUUCCAAAAUUGCUGAGCAACUAGGAGAUGGAGAUGAGGUUAUUCAGAAGUUUGACUAUGUCUUUGCCGAGAAUGGAACAGUGCAAUACAAGGAUGGGAAACUAAUAUCUAAACAGGCAAUUCAGAAUCAUCUUGGAGAGGAGUUACUUCAAGAUCUUAUCAAUUUCUGUUUGCGGUAUAUGGCUUUGCUCAAACUUCCAAAGAAGAGGGGAACAUUUAUAGAGUUCCGCAAUGGAAUGCUAAAUAUCUCUCCAAUAGGACGAAGCUGUACCAUGGAGGAGCGAAUUGAAUUCUCUGAGAUUGACAAGAAGGAAAAAAUUCGUGAGAAGUUUGUUGCUGCCCUUCAGCAAGAGUUUGCUGGUAAAGGACUAAGGUUUACCAGAGGUGGGCUGAUCAGUUUUGAUGUGUUCCCAGAGGGGUGGGACAAACGCUACUGCCUUGAUAUUUUACAGGAAGAAGGAGUAAAAGUUAUUCACUUUUUCGGAAAUGAAACCUAUCCGGGAGGUAAUGACUUUGAGAUCUUUAGUGACCCACGUACCAUAGGGCACACGGUGCUUUCACCAGAGGAUACUGCACGGCUCUGCCAGGAGCUAUUCUUCAGUGAAUCUUGACAUUAACUGGUAUCUUCACGUUGUUCUGAGAUUACCUGCUUGUGAUCUCCAAGUCUCUGCUAACUUCUUUUCCGAUUUGGACCAUUGACUCGACUGUUCUGAUCAGCUGUUCCUCUGUGAUUUCCCCACAUCUAACUGUCCACAGAUUCUCCACCAUUUUGCACCAUCUGAGUGUGAUGCACUAAGUCAGCCUUGGACCCCUUAAACUAUACCUGAAGCCUGUCUGUCAGGUGCAGCAAAGACUUGCUAUCUUGUUUUCGGGAAUGCUUCUGAUCCAGCCUUCCAUUUCAUCAUGCAGGUCUUCUCCGUGCUGCAUUUUUCUCACUAACUUACAGACUUGUUUAAAUCUUUACUGUUAUUUAUAAAAUAAUCAGCCAUCACUACACAAAAAUGUUGUUUCCUCUUCAUCCUCUCUUACUUUCUUGUUUCUCCGGGCACUUAAAAUAAAAAUAUAGCAGGUAUAUGUGCAGACUUUACGUUCUGGCAUAUAGAGAGGGCCAGAAGUUGGUUUCUGCCUUCUGAGAAUUGGCUUCAAACCUGAAAAAAAACAACUGAUAUCCAAGUGGUUUCUUUGAUUAAUUGUAUAAAAGUGUCCUGCGCUUGGCCUUCAGCCAAGGUACUCGGCUGUUAAAAAGCAAAAAGGAUGUCUUCACACCCCACUGGAAUCUAUUUCUUUCUGCACCUGCUUCAGAGCAAUGACAACAUUUUAAAUCAUCCUGCAGAAGAGGCCACUUUCUUGUAAUAUAAAAUACAUAUUGUAAAGCUGUUUGUUUUUCUAAUUUGCACUUCAGUAUACAGUUUGUCUAUAUUUAUUGGUUUGUCAGUUUUUAAUAUGUGUGAAGACAGUAAGGUAAGGAAGUAACAAUAAUUUACGACAUUUUAAAAAAUACAUCCUUGAAUAUAUGAGAUUUUUGCAUGAAGAGCCAUCGGCAACUGAGACACACAAUGUUCAGUAUUUUACAGGGUGACCUCUUCUUCCAGGUACUUACUUACAGAGGUCUAAGACCGAGUUUUACUGGCUUGCUGUAUUGAAUUUUACAGUUUACAGUUUUAAUUAACUGUCUAGUAUUCUAUCCAUAUUUGAGAUGUAUAUAAACUAUAGAGCUAUGUGUCCCAAUCUACAUUUACAGGUCAUGCAUACAUAUAGGAUAUAAGUAUUCCAGGGGAGUGUUUUUGAACUGUCUUGUUUCAAACUAUUGUGGAAUAUGAUGGUUGUGUGAAGACUGGAUUAUAAAUCAGUCAGUGAUAUACAAUUUGAACAUGUACUGUAUGUAAUGUUGCAAUUAAAAGGGUGUGUAUAAAUGACUGAAGCAUCUCACAGUCUACGGUAGGGCUUUGUUGUAUUUGUUGAGUAACUUGAAAAUUACUUUAAAGAUGGUGCUUUAUAAACUGCACUAUGGAAUAUUGCUGUCCAGAGGAUGUUUUUAUGUAUUGUGUUUGAUAACUGUGUGCAGGUGGAGUGUAUAAUUUCCUAUCAGAAUCUUAGUACUUUGUAUUAUACUCCUCACAUCCAAGCCAUGCGUUACACCUUCUGAUGCUUUGGGAGUUUACAGGCCUUACUUCUGAAUAUCAGACACUACAUUGAGUGUUCAAUAACUGUGGGAUUAAAUAUCCUGAGAUGCACUGGAUUGCUAUUAGUGUGUUUAUGGAUGGCACAUUGGGUGUUUUAUCAUUGAUUUUACUGUUACCUUAAUAAUAAGGUCUACAUUGAGUAGUUUUUUAUUUACAUUGUGUUUGGGGCCAAUUUCCGGACAGAGUUUUUUUGUAUAGCUUCAUAAUGAAAUUGAAACGGGUUAUGUGGGUCCUGGUUUGCCACAGACAUGUUUCUCUUUCAGUUUACCAUUUAUGAACACUUGUGUAACUAACUGGAUAGCAACGAAAUGUGUAUACAUGGCAUGCUUUAUUCUGAAGGAACAAUGCACAGAAGUAACCAAAGUCAUUUCAUUAUUGUAAAAUGAAUGUAGCACCAUAGUCUGAAUUACAAUUGUUGUACUGUCAGCAGCCUUAUGUCAUGUGCUAAAGCACAGGCUACUUACAUCUGUUUUGGUUAUCUUGAAGUAGGCCAUAUACUUGAAUGUAUCAUUAUGCUGUUUUGUUAAACUGAUUUAAUAAAUAUGCAAGUCCAUAGAUCUCUUGCCAGGGAUCACUGGUUGUUUAUGCCAAUCAAAGUGUGGUGAUGCAGGUACAGUACAGGAAAGCAAAACACUCCCUACCAGUUCCUAAACUGUGACUUGAAAAAUGCAAAAAUAGUUUUUAGUGUCAUUUGUAAGUGUAAAGCCAUGCAUGAAGUGAAUCUGUGAGCAGAUCAGGAGAGCUCUUCUCAUUUUUAAGGACAGGUUAAUUUUACUGUAAUUGCUGCCUUCUGUGAUAUGUGUACUAGACGGGCGAAGGUGAAAAUCAUGAGAAACUGUCCAAUUGCUUUUGGGUUGGUUCAGGAUCUAGAAAAUACGAGGCCUGAAACAUCAUUGCGUUGAAUAUUUUUUAUGGACGUUGGGUGUCAAUGUAAAGCCCUUCUGGUUUUGGUAGAGUCUCUGAUGAAAUGUCUCAGUUUCUGCAUUCAUGUCAUUCAAGAUUGCACUUUGUUUUUAAUACUGUACUACUCGCCAUUCAUCCUUUUAAACAUGCUGAAGAUGCAGUUUGUAUUGUGCCAAAUGUCCAAAAUCUUAUCUUUUUUUUUUUUUUUGCUCUUGUUUGUGGGUAUUCAUAUUUUAAUUCACUGCACUGAUUACAAAUGUGAAAUUGUC